AUACGAUAUAUUUUGGUAUAGUGCAAGAAAUAUGAAAAGCGGCUACACACCCAUUACCAGUCCUGCAUACGUUGGUGGUAGACAGGACUUUACCUGUACUAGAGAUAUAACUGCUGCAGUUUAAAUAAAUUGCAAUGGAUGUGUAAUUGGAUAUUGAUUUAUCAUCCGUCAUGGAUUUUCAUAUUCUAUUCUGGACUCAAUUCAUGCUACUAGCUUUCAGAGGUUCAGGAAUAGUCGGACAAUCACCAGGUGACGUGAGACUGGUUGAUGGCAGCUCUUCUCUAGAAGGAAGAAUAGAAGUAUAUUAUAAUGGUGUUUGGGGGACGAUAUGUGACAUCGGAUGGGAUAGCACGGACGCUGGUGUUAUCUGCAAACAAUUAGGUUUUCAAGUUUCCUUGGGAACGAACAUCCCAAGAUUUGGGCAAGGUCCGUUCACACAGACAGUCUGGUUAAUGAAUGUCCAAUGCGAAUCUUCAGAUGAAAGUCUUAACGAAUGUGUUACCAGUGACCAGUGGGGACAAGCUUCAGCAUGUCCUCAUAGUAAAGAUGUGGGUGUUAGAUGCUCAGGUUUAAACGUGGGGAUUGCACCAAAUUAUCAAGGAUGUUACCGUUUCGAAGAUGCACUUUUAUCAACAACAGCAAUUUCUUUUCAGUUAAACACGAUUGAAACAUGUUUAGAACACUGUUCAAGGGAUUCUAUGUUUGCUGGUUUAUAUGGAACAACAUGUACCUGUGGUGAUCAGAUCCAACAACCUGCCCAGUCUGUUGAUAACAUCAUGUGUAAAAUGCCAUGUCCGGGUAACUCAGCUCAGCUUUGUGGUGAUGAUGAGACCAAUAAUGAAUUUGUAUCUAUUUAUUCUGUGUCUAUUGGGGAUGACUACCUAGCAUCGCCAUGGUUACCCGGUGAUUACGUCAUAUCUAGUUCAUCACAACCAGCCAACCUCGUCUCCAGAAUCAAUGUGACUGCAUCAUCAGGAGGAAUCCUGCUUCAGGUUCUAGCUCUAGACCUCGCACCAGGAGACACGCUGACUGUGGAGGUUGGAGGUAUGACCAUUAACCCUACAGAACCAGGUGACACUGUGCUGUCCGGGUUAUCAACCACACCGACAACUAUAACUGCAACGUUGAUGAGGGCUGCGAACUCGCCUGGAGCAUCGGGGUACCUUAUCACCUCUGCCGAACCUCCUUUAACAACAACGAAUCCGAAUCCUCCAACUAUGGCCACGAUGCCCCCUUCUCAGGCCACUGCUACAGCUGCAACUAAUCCGUCAGUUGUGACCACACCGUCUAUAGCACCAACUGCUACAAUACCUGCAGCAACCAAUCAAGGUACGGAUGAGACCACGCCAGUGACGUCAGUCACCCAACCCCCUGUGAAUACAUCUCCUGUUGCCCCUGUACCUACGACCUCAAGCACCGACGCUCCAACUGCAAAUGUUUCCACUUGUGACCAUCCAGUCGUAGAUGGAGGGCGCAUCAUAGAAUCAGACCUGAGUUCUUACCAGGUUGGUCAGGGUGUGAUCCUUGACUGUGAUGCGGGUCUGAACCCUGUUGAGAAUACAACUCUGCAGUGCCAAUCCGACGGGACAUGGUCUCCAUUACCAACCUGUACUUCAACUGGUCUGGAAGUCUGGAUGAUUGUUGUGAUUGCGGUGGUGAUCGCCCUUUGUCUCGUCAUCCUGAUCAUCAUCUUCCUCAUCCUCGCAGUCGCGUUCGGAAAGAGGGAAAAAAGAUAUGGCGUACGUGAGGACGAUGAGGUUCGUGCAAUCACCCACAUGCAAACUCCAGCAGACAACGAUUACACGAGUAGGCCUCCUCUUAUUCCCAUCAACGAGUCAUCAGCAGCGGGGCUAUCAAGGCAAGGCACAAACAUCAGCACCGCCUCCACCUUAGGCAUCCCGCCUCCACCUCCUGCUCCAGCGCCUCCUCCUCCUACUCAAUCAAAUGCCGUGCAGCAGACGGAACCAAUCAUCCAGGAUCCACCAUCUGAGCCGGCCCCCGACCCUCCAUCACCAACCGAGUCUUACCCUCCCAGAGACUACCCCGGGGCUGGUAGACCCAACUCCGUAGUCUCCAACGGUGUAUCCAAUGGCCACGUCGGCAACCUGGGAAACGAAGAAAGGCAAGCUGUGGAACAACUCAUCAAUGCUGUUAGAGCUUAUGAUGAUAGUCCUGGGGUUGGUUUGUAUGGAUCUGUUCCUCCUCGACACCUACGAAGUGGGUCCAGUUUGUCAGUGAUUUCCAACCCUGGCCGUGUCACUGAUGGAAGGUCAAGUCCUAGGUACAGCGGUAACCUAAGAUCGGUUCAAUUUGAUCCACAUAGACCAUAGAUAUUACUUAAUUUACAUAGCCUGGAUUCUUAUACAUAUAGCCAUUAUAUUAAUUGGUUAAAAAUAAAUAUCAAAAGUUGCGUAGUCGGCCGAGACCUUUUUACCAGCUCAGAAUCCAUGUGUAACCAAAACAGAGACAUUUAAAACACCAUCGUUGGUAUUCUCCUUCCACUGAUUAAGUUAAACAUUGGCCAACAUGUAGAGUCUGCUAUCUCAUACACCAAUGGUGAAUGGGAUUGCAGGGAUUCUCCAAAAAUAUAUCAUAGUACGACGUCUUGACAGGAGAAUCACUGGACUCCUCAUAAUUAUGUUUAGGCCAGAAUGCGGUUCAAGAAUUAAAGUAGAAUGCUUUUACAAUCAUUAACUGGACGCUUUCUGGAACAUAGCUAACAAAUUGUCAAAAGCCCUUCAUGCCAAAGCAGUCUUUGUCGAAAAUCUGUGAAUCAAAACAGUAGGCCUAGUGUCGUCCGUGACUCUGGUCCAAAUGGCAUAGCCUUCAGCUCAGAAUUUUCCUGGUUUACUAAUAUUCGACGAAGACUUUUCAGCUGUUCAUUGUAUUUUGACGAUCAUUUUCAAUAGAUUUUCUAUGAUGUAAAAUCCGUCCUCGUUGCGAUUGCAAAAACUCUAUUGAUUCGAAAUGUAAAGAAGCUUAGUGCGAUUCUCGCUGAAAGAGGCAGGCUUGAACUGUAUGCCUAAUUUGUUGGUGCCCAGAAAAAACAAAAAUAUGUCACAAUAAGAAGAAAAUAAACGAUAAAUCAAGAUGAACAUGUACGUGUCUCUUUUGGUGUAUAAUGUUAUUCACAUGUAUCAAAU